GUCCUGGAAGAUGAUUGAAGGGGUCCCCCAAAGCAAACUAUAGAUUCCAAGAUGAGCAACGAAACCAUCCCCGAGGAAGUCUCCUCCUUGCCCUCCCAGGGCCAGCAUUACUUUGACCAGUUCUCAGAAGAUGACCCCGAGUACCUGCGCAUCAGGAACAUGGCCGCUGACCUCCGCCAGGAUUUCAACCUGAUGGAACAGAAGAAAAGGGUCACCAUGAUUCUGCAAAGCCCUUCUUUCAGGGAGGAGCUGGAGAGCCUCAUCCAAGAGCAGAUGAAGAAAGGAAACAACACCAAUAUCUGGGCCCUUCGGCAGAUUGCAGACUUUAUGGCCAGCACUUCUCCCUCCGUCUUCCCCGCAUCACCGUUGAACCUCUCUACGGUGACGCCCAUCAAUGACCUCUACAGCACCGACUCUGCAUCUCUGGCCAAAGGGGAGAGGCUCAUGCGCUGCAAGGUUGGCAGCGUCUACCGCCUGCUGGACCUCUAUGGCUGGGCGCAGCUGAGCAGCACUUACGUCACGCUGCGCGUCAGCAAAGAGCAGGACCACUUCCUGAUUUGCCCUGUAGGUCUUUCCUGUCAUGAAGUCACCGCUUCUACUUUGGUUAAAGUGAACGUGCUGGGGGAAGUGGUGGAGCUAGGGAGCACCAGCUUUGCAGUGGACACCCGAGGAUUCAGCUUGCACUCGGCCAUCUAUGCGGCUAGACCCGAUGUGAGAUGCAUCAUCCAUUUGCACACGCCAGCCACUGCUGCAGUGUCUGCAAUGAAAUAUGGUCUCCUGCCUAUUUGCCAUGAUGCACUGCUGGCAGGGGACAUGGUGUAUUUUGACUACAAUGGUGACAUGGAGGAAGAAGCAGACAGAAUUGAGUUGCAGAAGUGUCUUGGCCCCACUUGCAAGGUUCUCAUGCUGAGGAACCAUGGUGUGGUGGCUCUUGGGGACACAGUGGAAGAAGCCUUUUAUAAGAUCUUCCAUUUGCAGGCUGCCUGCGAAGUACAGGUCUCAGCCUUGACUAGUGCUGGCGGAUCAGAGAAUCUGAUCAUGCUGGAGCGAGAAAAACACAGGCCCCACGAUGUUGGCUCGGUCCGAUGGGCUGGGAGCACCUUUGGACCCAUGCAGAAAAGUCGCCUGGGAGAACAUGAGUUUGAAGCUCUCAUGAGGAUGCUGGACAACCUUGGCUAUCGGACUGGAUAUGCAUAUCGCUAUCCAUUCGUCCAGGAGAAAAGCAGGCAUAAGAGCGAAGUGGAGAUCCCGGCCACUGUCACAGCAUUCAUCUUUGAAGAGGAGGGGGCGCCCAUCUCAACACUCCGGCAGCAUGCCCAGAAGCAACAGAAAGAAAAGACCCGUUGGCUGAAUACACCAAACACCUAUUUACGAGUGAACGUGUCUGAGGAAAGCCAGGGAAGUGCAGGGAGUCAAAGGACCAAAACCAUGUGGAUGAAAGCUGAUGAAGUGGAGAAAUCCAGUAGUGGGAUGCCAAUCCGAAUUGAAUACUCAAACCAAUUUGUGCCUCUCUACACAGACCCACAAGAAGUUCUGGAAAUGAGGAACAAGAUUCGAGAACAAAACCGACAGGAUGUGAAAUCAGCAGGACCCCAGUCUCAGCUGCUUGCCAGCGUGAUAGCAGAAAAAAGCAGAAGCCCGUCAACAGACAGUAACUUGGCAGACGGAGAGGUGAAAGAUGCAUCCCACGAGGACAGUCCUCCUGAGGCAGAGCCACCAAACCCCUUCAGCCAGCUAACAGACCAGGAGCUGGAGGAGUACAAGAAAGAGGUGGAGAGAAAGAAAUUGGGUCUGGAUGGUGAGAAAGAUGUUGAUGCAGAGGAACAGGUGAUUUCCCCAGCUGAAAUUACUGCUAACGCCACAGUACAGAACCCCACAAAGCCUGGCUUGAAGAGCCCACCCAUGUCACCAUCCAAGUCUUCAGAAGGUGGGAAGAAGACAGAGAGCAGCCUAACACCUGCUGAUCCUGCUGCCACAGACCCGACCGGCCAGCCGGCGGCAGUGAUGGAGAACGGGAAAGAGGAUGAGCAAAAUGUAGAGGAUGCCCUCAGCAAAGGAAUUAGCCAGAUGACCACCAAUGCAGACACGGACACCGCAAAGGACAAAAACGAGUCUGUCACCAGUGGACCCAUGUCCCCGGAAGGCUCGCCGUCCAAGUCUCCUUCCAAGAAGAAGAAGAAAUUCCGGGCUCCCUCCUUUCUGAAAAAGAGUAAGAAGAAAGAGAAGACAGAGUCUUGAAUGGCUCCUUUGGCCUCUUCCCCCCCUCCCUCCCCACUUCUCCCAUUGCCUUCUGCUCUUCCCUCCACUCUUGCUACAAAAUCAUGGGAGCAACAGGGGAACUUUUCCUCUGAUGAGUGACAUCGAAAGGGAGAGGU